AUGAUGAUGAAUACCCACCAUAACCACCAUCACCACCCACCCCCGUCGGGCGGAGCCUCCGAUGCAGCCGCAGCCUUGAAAGGCGCGAAUCUCGCGUUCAACAAGACGAAACCGAAACCCAUUCCACCCCCGAAACCCAUAAAUACCGGCGGCGGCGGUAGUGGCAUCAGUCGUCGCCGCGGCGCGAGCCUCAUCGCCGCCUCCACCGCAUCAACCUACGACCGGAGCACAAGUACAAGCCCCAUACAGCGCCAACACACCGGCGCGAGCCUGGCCACAACUCCGGGCGAUGGCGGCCGCUUCGGCCGCGACGGCACGUCCGAUAUGCGAGACCGCCUGUCCAAUUUCCUCGCCUCGAGUCCCGCCGCCUCCUCAACGACAUCCCACCUGACACCGCAUACGUCGACGAGGCUCGACCCCAAAAGCCCGAGCUACAUCGCUGCCACGCUGGCCGCCUCGCGGAGCGCCUCACCUAGUCCGCACGCGAGUCCCGCCGCCUCUGCCUUGACGCCUGCACAGAUGAACCAGCUCCAGCAGAUGCAGCUUGCGAGGAGGAGCAGGCGGGGCAGCGUCGGGGAGACGGAGAGCGUGGUGAGUAGCCUCGAUUUACCGGAUACGACGUCCAUCCCCGCCACGGGUCACUUGAUAAACAUGUUUGAGAGAGGGGGCGGUGAGGAUGUUGAUCCCGUGAAGAGGAGCGGCGGCGGCGGCGGGGAUGUUUCUGCUAGGCCCAAGAUUCGACCGUUGACGCCGGAGAGGGAAUUGAGUCCUGCCCGUGCCAAGGCGGCGAGGAUGGGUAUUGUUGAGGAGCCAGUGGUGUUGAAGACGAAACCUACGGUGAAGCCGCGGCCUGUCACGCCGAUCAUGGCUGUUGCAAAGGGGGAGUCUAUGGGGGAUGUCACGCCGCAGGCGAGGCAGCCUGCGCUCAAGUCGUCGCCUGCGAAACCGAUCCUGUCGCCGGCCAAGGCUGUGCACAGAGAGAUUGUAUUGGAGCCGCCGCCGCUUGCCAGGGGGCGAGAAUCUGCUGUCAGCAUGCCACCGAAAGCCUCAGAAGCACCGGUAGUACGGUCAAGGUCGCAGCUCACGAGGGUGCCCAUCACACGAACACUUAUGCCGGAGUCAAAGGCAGCGCGGCCCCCGGCGACUCCGGAGCCAAGGAGGUCGCGGAUCAAGGCUACGCCGAGUGCAUCUGUCUCCCCGCCCUUGAUCGAGCGAGCUGGUGAUGAGAUUCGCUCUCCUGAACCCAAGAGACCGGAAUCCAAGGCCAAGUUGCAGCCGCCUACACCUCCUCAGCCGCGUGGUCGUCCUCAAUCCAAGGAGCGAGUGCCUCGUCCAUUGACGAAACCUCGCAGUAUGGCUUCAGUCUAUGGUCAUAGCCAAUUGCAGGAGCCCUUUCGUCGUUCCAAGUCCGGAGCAAGGCCAUCAACUGCCGAUACGAGCUCUUCUAACGACACGUUUGUAUCGGCCGAGUCCAACCAGACCGCCGUCCCCGAAUAUGUCCCAUCUCGCCCGACAGCUCGUCAAACAAAUUCUACGCACAGCACCCCGAGCCGUUCAUCAGCCAACAGCUCACCAAGCCGCGCGACCCCGCGACGCACGCCCGCCUCGUCGACUACGAGUCUGCCGCUCAACUCCCUCUCUAACGCAAUCAUGGCCGGAUCCCUCGCCGCCGCCCGCCUGACGCCCUCGAACUCGGGCCAGUCUACGCUCUCCCCGCCCCAGCUGCCGCCGAGUCGCACAAAGUCUCCGCGCCUGCGACAGACGCUUCGCCAGCCGCCGUCGAAAUCGGACGACGAAGACGAGAUCCGCAGGAAGAAGCACCAGCACGGCAGCAACAAGCACUCGCACAAGGAGGGCGCCCGGCGGCGAUGGCGCGACGAGAUUACGGUGCGCGAACGGCGGCGGUAUGAGGCAGUGUGGGCGAGCAACCGCGGCAUGCUGCUGGUCGACGGUGCUUCGUCCCAGGGGCUGCUGCUGCUGCCACCCCCGAGUUUGGGCGGCUCGCCGUCGUUGCCGCACGAUGCGGCUGAUUGUGUGGUGGACAUUGUGGCGCGCGAGGUUUGGCGCCGCUCGCGGCUGCCGCGGGAGGAGCUGGCUGAGGUGUGGGAUGCCGUGGACCGGCGCCAUCGAGGGAUGUUGAGCAAGGUCGAGUUUGUUGUCGGGUUGUGGCUGAUUGAUCAGCGGUUGAGGGGCCGCAAGAUCCCUGCGAGGGUGAGUGCGAGUGUGUGGGAUAGUGCGCAGGGGGUUAAAGUGCGUUCGCCCAAGAUGAAGAAGUGA